UCUUGGAUCAGUAGCGCAGUGGCAAGCAAGGAAGGAGGGUGGUUCGCGCGCGCUAUAAUCUAACUCCCUUUUUUUUCUGUCGUUCUUGAGGACGUGUGCGUGUCUCCUCGCGUAGUGGGGUGGUUAGAUCGAGGAGGUCCUCUCACUCACUCUUUUUCUCUCUUUCACUCUCUCUCUCUCUCUCUCUCUCUCUCUUGCAGUCGUGCUUUCGCGUGUGUGCCCAAAAAAAAUGUAACAUGGCGAUGGUCGCGUCGAAUAUGAGCGGCCACAUACAAAAGCAACUCACCAGGAGCCUCGAACGGAUCCUGGAGGAGGCUCAUCUUAGUGGCGAGUUGAAGUUAAGCGGCAGGAAGCUCAAGGAUUUUCCAAAAGUCGGCAAACCUGGCGCUGCCAAAUAUAAUCUGCAGGAUACAGUGAUAGCCGAUCUUUCGAAGAAUCGCUUUGUCGAGCUGCCAGAAGAGGUCACGGAAUUUCCUUUCCUCGAGAAACUACAUCUUUACCACAAUGCCAUAAGAAUCAUACCGGAAACUGUCGUGAUGCUUCAGUCAUUAAACUACCUCGAUCUUAGUCGAAAUCAAUUGACGUCACUACCUCGAGAAAUCUGUAGGCUACCUCUUCAGACGUUAUUGGUCGCACACAACAGAUUAGCAUCCCUACCAGAUGAGUUAGGGAGGAUGUCGGCUCUUGCAGAACUGGAUGCAGGUUGCAACGAAAUCGCGACACUUCCACCUCGUAUAGGUGACCUUGCACGACUCAGAUCCCUAGACCUGAGGAGCAACUUGUUGGUGCACCUGCCUAUAGAACUUACGUACCUGAGGCUCGUGAAGCUGGAUAUUAGCGGUAACCGGAUAUCUGUGCUUCCAAACGAAAUGAGAAAGAUGAAAAGCUUGGUAGAUUUUAAGCUCUCCGAUAAUCCUCUGACCUCGCCGCCUGCUUCGUUAUGCAUUCGCGGGCGAACGCACAUCUUCAAGUACUUGGAGAGGCAGGCGGCGAAGCACGAGAGGGCGAGAGGAGGACGUGCAAGAAGAGGACCUCUGGAUGCUCGGGGUCAUGCAACCUUGGACACCAGAUCUCAUAGGCGCCAUAACGUUGACAGUGGUUACAGUACGAGCGAUGGGGUUGACAAACGUUGGUCCCAAGAAAUUCAUAGCGCGGUGCACGACGGUGAGGUACGGGGUUUAUGGCGUCAAGAGUGUUCACCGCUUUCCAUAACGUUGCCACACGAAACCGGAAUAAAUGGAUCCUGCAGUGGCACGUCUACACCGAGUACGAUUUCACCGGGUGAACAUACGUCCUUGGAGGACGAGCUGGGCAAGGCCAUGAUACUUCACGAUCAGCUGGAGAAGAGGAGGUUGGAGAGAAGCACUUCCGAGAAUGGCGCGGACAUAAGAAGACCGAUGACCUCUGGCCUCCAUCAUACGUCUAUCACGCCACCGGGUCCCUUGGAAACGACGCAUACGAGCCAGUCUCAACCAAUUUCAACGACUCAGUCGGUGCAGCCAAUCCAGGCUACGAGCAAUUCAACGUCGCUAUUGAAUGGGGAUGAUAAGAGGCCGUUAAAUCACAUCCAAACGUACAGGGAAUACAAGGAAGCAUUGAGGCAACAAAGGGCCAACGAGGGUCCAAGUGUUUACAGACCAAGGGAACAGGUGACACCUCCGGGCAACGAAUCGCAGAACAACGAGACUGACUCGAAUGGAGCCAAGGAGGGCAUUGCCCUUACUGGCAAGCAAAUAUUCAACGAGGAAAAUGCGACGAAGAGGCCGGUGCAAAAGGUCACGCCCUCGAGGAUAAAUUAUCAAAAUACACCUAUCAUCAAUGGUAGCAAUAACGAGUACAAUAAUAAAAAUGGAAAGUAUCACGAGCAGCCUUACAAAAAGCCAAAUUCGCCUAUCAAAACGUCGAGCAGUAUAAUGUCGAAUAAUACCAGUCCUGGACAUACUCCGAGAUUAGUCAAAACAGCUGUUGGCUAUGUCGAAGGUAACAAAAGUCCAAGCAGAAAUGGCGGAAGUCCUAAGUCGUCGAGAUCCGUUACGUGGAAUAGCAAUUUGCCGGAAAAGUACUCGUUCACAAUGAGGAGAGAGUUCGAACGUGCCAAAGAGGAAGCCGAUUUGAUCGAACAACUCAGGAACCAUAUAGAAACGAGACUGAAAAUGGCUUUACCGGAAGAUCUGGCGCCAGCAUUGACCGAUGGCGUCGUACUUUGUCACUUGGCGAAUCACGUAAGGCCACGAUCGGUAGCCAGCAUACAUGUCCCAUCACCGGCCGUACCUAAGCUCACAAUGGCAAGAUGCAGACGUAACGUUGACAAUUUCUUGGAGGCCUGUCGAAAAAUAGGCGUUGACGAGGAGGUGUUAAUGGACGCGGACGCAAUCAUGGACGUGGGUUACAUGGACGCGUACGGGCUCGAGGCUCUGGCACGUCUCGUCUCCGCUCUUCUCCUUCUUCCUGAAGAAGUUGAGAGAGGCAAUGAAGAGCCGGCCGCAGGUUCACCCCGUACGAUUCAGGACCGCGUCUUGUCCGCGAUGCUUUUUGCAACAUUCCUAACCACCCUGGUUCUGCUCUAUCUCUUCCCGAUUCCCGACUAAAAAAGCAAGAGAGAAAGAGAAAGAGAGAGAAAGAACAAGAGAGUGAA